AUGAGGGGCCGCAGGGGCGACCGCAUGACCAUCAACAUCCAGGAGCACAUGGCCAUCAAUGUGUGCCCCGGGCCCAUCCGGCCCAUCCGCCAGAUCUCUGACUACUUCCCCCGCCGGGGACCAGGACCCGAAGGGGGUGGAGGCGGCUGCGGGGAGGCCCCUGCUCGUCUGGCCCCCCUGGCUCUGGCCCCUCCUGCAGCCCUCCUUGGGGCCACUACGCCUGAGGACGGAGCUGAAGUGGACAGCUAUGACUCGGAUGAUACCACUGCCCUGGGCACGCUGGAGUUUGACCUUCUCUACGACCAGGCCUCCUGCACUCUGCACUGUAGCAUCCUCAGGGCCAAGGGUCUCAAGCCCAUGGACUUCAAUGGCCUUGCAGACCCCUAUGUCAAGCUGCACCUGCUGCCGGGAGCCUGCAAGGCCAAUAAGCUAAAAACGAAGACUCAGAGGAACACGCUGAAUCCCGUGUGGAACGAAGACCUGAUGUACAGUGGAAUCACGGAUGACGACAUCAACCACAAGGUGCUCAGGAUCACUGUCUGUGACGAGGACAAGCUGAGCCACAAUGAGUUUAUCGGGGAGAUCCGAGUGCCCCUCCGCCGCCUCAAGCCUUCACAGAAGAAGCAUUUUAACAUCUGCCUUGAGCGCCAGGUCCCGCUGGCUUCACCCUCUUCCAUGUCGGCGGCGCUGAGGGGCAUUUCUUGUUACCUGAAGGAGCUAGAGCAGGCGGAGCAGGGGCCUGGGCUGCUGGAAGAGCGUGGCCGCAUCCUGCUCAGCCUCAGCUACAGCUCUCGGCGCCGGGGGCUGCUGGUGGGCAUCGUUCGCUGUGCCCACCUGGCUGCCAUGGAUGUCAAUGGCUACUCGGACCCCUACGUUAAGACGUACCUGAGACCGGAUGUGGAUAAGAAAUCCAAGCAUAAGACGUGUGUGAAGAAGAAGACCCUAAACCCAGAAUUUAACGAGGAGUUCUUCUAUGAGAUGGAGCUCCCCACUCUGGCCACCAAGACUCUGGAAGUCACAGUCUGGGACUAUGACAUUGGCAAAUCGAAUGACUUCAUCGGUGGCGUGUCCCUGGGGCCAGGAGCCCGUGGCGAGGCCCGAAAGCACUGGAGCGACUGUCUGCAGCAGCCAGACGCAGCCCUGGAGCGCUGGCACACCCUGACCAGCGAGCUGCCCCCAGCAGCUGGGGCUCUGCCUUCGGCCUGAGCGGACCACAGCUGCCCAGCGACUCUCCUGGCGGGUCCAGUACCCAACCUUUGCACGAGUGUGUUGCACGUUUACAUGGGGUGGAUGC